AUGGCCGACUUCCAGAACAUCGCUGAGCAAUUCGUUCAGUUCUACUACAAGACCUUCGAUGAGAACCGUCCCGCCCUCGGCGCCCUCUACAAGGACCACUCCAUGCUCACCUUCGAGAACUCUCCUGUUCAGGGUGCUGCCGGUAUCACCGAGAAGCUCGUCGCCCUGCCUUUCGAGAAGGUCCAGCACGAGGUUGCCAGCUUGGACGCCCAGCCCUCCAACGAGGCUGGUGGUAUCCUGGUCCUUGUUGCCGGAAGACUCCUUGUCGACGAUGAGCAGAGACCCAUGAGCUACACCCAGUCCUUCCAGCUUCUGCCCGACGGCGCCGGCAGCUACUACGUCUUCAACGACAUCUUCAGACUCGUCUACGCUGCCGCAUAA